CUAUUUCAGUUCUAUUGGGCUUCAUUUUUCCGGUAGAGGACGACGGUCUAACUUCUUCACUUUCACGUACCUCGCAAAAUUUCCCAAAGAUAUUUCCAAUUGCCGAUCAGUAGGGUUUAUCAAUUCACUAUCUCCGGCCAGGCGGUAGGGUUUAUAGUAAAUUCUCCUUCCGCAUCCACCCAGCUUUAAGGGGAGCAGAAUCCGAGCUCGGCGGCAGUGCAAGAGUCAGUCGGUCUUAAAAUGGCUAGUGCGCUUUCCAGAACUGUAAAUCAUUUGCGUAAAGCGUAUCGAUUUGCAAACUCCCACCACGUCGGUCAGUUUCGCUCGGUAACCUCGGUGCCGCCAUCGUCCGUCCUCGAGAGUCUGCCUCUCUUUCGCUCGAUAGCGCCUUUGGACUUCCGUAUUCCGCCAAUUUCUAUCGGGCAGAGAUUUCUGUUCAGGUCCAUUCAAACAGCUUCUCCUGCGGGUACUGUCGGCUCGGAGAGUGCGAAGAAGGUGGAGGAAGCUAAACCGGAUGGAGGCGAGAAAUCUGGUGGGAGUUCAGAGCAAGGCGGCGAAGCUGGGAAACCUGUUCGCGGUGGGCCCGUGUCGUGGCUGAGUUUUGUGUUGCUGGCCCUAACUGGAGCCGGAAUCAUAUUCUAUUACGACAGGGAAAAGAAAAAACACAUUGAAGGUACAUUUCUAUGGUGUCAAUAUGAAGUUUUUUUUAUCUGUCCAGAAAUAAAUAAGAGUUCUCAAGCUGUGAAAGAGGGGCCAUCAGCAGGAAAAGCAGCCAUUGGAGGACCUUUUACACUUGUCAACCAUGAAGGAAAGAAGGCUACAGAGAAAGAUUUCAUUGGGAAAUGGACAGUGAUGUACUUUGGUUUCACUCACUGUCCGGACAUUUGCCCAGAUGAACUGCAAAAGCUUGCCUCUGCCGUUGAAAAAAUAAAGAAGAAAGCAGGAUUCGAGAUUGUCCCAGUCUUUAUUUCGGUUGAUCCUGAGAGGGACACUGUCGAUCAAGUGCGGGAGUAUGUCAAAGAGUUUCAUCCGAAAUUAGUUGGAUUGACUGGCACACCAUCUGAUAUAAAGAAUGUUGCUCGUUCAUAUCGAGUUUAUUAUAUGAAGACUGAUGUAGAAGAUUCUGAUUAUCAAGUUGAUCACUCCAUCGUCAUGUACUUGAUGGGUCCUGAUAUGCAAUUCGUGAAAUUCUUUGGCAAAAAUCACGAUGAUGAGUCGCUUGCCGAUGGCAUCAUUAAGGAGAUAAAGCAGUACCAAGGACAACAGGUGAAAAAGGGAGCCCCAACCCCGUAGUAGUAGUGUUUUAGAGCUGUUUCUGAUAAUGUUCGAAUCCUUGCAAUUGGACGAGCUUCGUGCAUGGAUCGAAUCUGCUUAUUUUGUGGAAGGUCAAACUCAAACAAGAGAUUUAUAUAUGCAACGGCGUAGCAGGUUGUGAAAAAAAAAAACCUUGCUAGGAUUGAGACACGUUAUUUUUACUGUGUUCCGAAAGUUUUAAACCCAUUCUGCUUUAUAGGAUGAAAGCCUCUGUUGUUUCCUGCAUCUGUACUUUAUUAUGGUC